CCCUACAAAAAAUCAAUAAAAAAACAUCUCAUGCUUAUCCAUAUGCAUCUAUGAGUCAUAUCGUACAAAUUCUCCUUAAAACGAUCGAUGACAGAAUAUCCUAAAUCCUACAGCGUUUCAUGAGCGAAUAAAAAAUGCUGAGAUCGGUUGUUUUGAACCCUCUUCCGCCAUUGCCGUCUUAUUUAACUGUUUAUUCUGAAGAUGUGAAUAAAAGCAACGGCUCGAGAGCAGUCAUAAUUCCGUCGACAAUCCGAUGUGUUUCCCGAAGCAACGGUUCUAUACCUAAGCGCGAGCCUUUUAGCAGGAGCAAGUUCGACAGAAUCGUUAAAGACCCUCCUCUCAUUCAGAAGUGCGAAAGCGAAAUCGCAGAUUAUUGCUCUGCUCUUGAAGGGGAUGCUUCGUAUAGCUGCUGGAGGGCCUAUUUUGAACUUAAGGAUCUUGAAAAAGAAGAACCCAAGGAGGACGUGGAGAGGCUAAUCCUGCAAGCGGGUGGAGUGAAAUCCCUGAUUGGAUGCCUGCAUGGAAUCGCAGCCAUGCAGAAACCCGUGAAAGGAAGGCAUGAAGCCGAAAAGCCUACAUACAGUGUAAAGAAAGAAGAGGAGAGGUUAUGCCGUGUGCCUGAUGGGUUGCCCAAGUCAAGAGAAGAAAUUGAAGAAGAAGAGAGAGCUUUGAUGCCAGAUUCAGCCUUCACAAGAUUACUGAGGAGUAAAGGGAGAGCCCCUGCAUGGUACUCUCGCGCUCCAGAUCACUAAACUGGUUGAUAAUUUGAUACAUCCAUCUUUACAAGGGUAGUAGUCAUUGACUCAUAGUGUGCGUAGUACUUUAGAGUAGUGUGAGUAUACCGGGGCCGUAGCUCACCUAGUAGGAAGGGAGUGACACAAGGGAGAGGUCUCGGGUUCGACUCCAAACAAUGAAGCCCCACUCUCUUUCCAUUAGUGUGGGAUCAAAGUUCAAUUUUCAUUCUCCUAGCUAGUUGUACAGUCGGUGCUGGGGGUCCUCAGGGAUGAGGUGUCAUCCCUUUUUUUAGAGUAGUGAGUAUGGUUUGAACUAAUAAACAAAUAAAAAUGUGUAGAUGGUGGGGAAGUCAUAGUUUGACAAGUACUUUUAGUAUUAUGGCCUAAAACUGUUAGCCAUUAGCUUGUCCCGUUAGUGUCUAUGAUUGAUCAAUUGAUCAAUUGAGCCAAUUAGCCCUGAUGGUAUAACUCAUUGCCGAAAGUGUUUGGUAAGACCGUAGGACUAUGUAUGUCUGUAAAUAGUUGUUAAGUAAAGGUAAAUGGCGCAUAAGGACAUGUCUUCAUUUAUGCAAAAUAAUUUAAUAUUAUUCAUGUUAUUAUUAUUUUAUAUAGUCCUUUUUGUUAUAAUGAUUAUAUGAGAAGAAAAAUUGUCUCAAAAUAAACGUAAUUGUGAAAUCAGAAAUAAUACACCUUAAAAAGUCCUUUACCC